UUCCCGUGGAGGGCGGCGGGGGAGCCGGACUGCGCUCCCAGAAGCCCCCGGGGCGGCUCCGGGAACGCGCUUCCUGAGGAGCUGAGGAGGAGAGUGCCAGACGCUGCUCCGUGUGGGCGACUGAAAUACCCUGCGUGUGAGAAACAGGCCCAGAUCAUCACCACACUGUAUGUUCAGAUCUGUAUGUGUUUCUUCUAAGUUUAUUAAAGCUGUUUUAAAACUAUCAGGCACCUCAAAGGUCUGACUGACAGUACUGCACAAGUCUGCCUGCCAUGGGCUGUCGGGAUGUCCAUGCAGCUACAGUCCUUUCCUUCCUGUGUGGAAUCGCCUCGGUAGCAGGCCUCUUUGCGGGGACUCUGCUUCCCAACUGGAGAAAAUUACGAUUGAUCACCUUCAACAGAAAUGAGAAGAACCUCACUGUUUACACAGGCCUUUGGGUAAAAUGUGCUCGGUACGACGGGAGCAGUGACUGCCUGAUGUACGACACUACUUGGUACUCAUCUGUUGACCAGCUAGACUUGCGUGUCCUCCAGUUUGCACUCCCCCUCAGCAUCCUGAUUGCAAUGGGUGCCUUGCUGCUUUGCCUGAUUGGAAUGUGCAACACUGCCUUCAGGUCCUCCGUGCCCAAUAUCAAACUGGCCAAAUGUCUGGUCAAUAGUGCAGGUUGCCACCUGGUGGCUGGUCUUCUGUUUUUCCUGGCAGGUACUGUGAGCCUCUCCCCAUCUAUCUGGGUCUUCUUUUAUAACGUCCACCUGAACAAGAAGUUCGAGCCAGUCUUUGCAUUUGACUAUGCAGUGUAUGUCACUAUUGCCAGUGCUGGGGGCCUGUUUAUGACUUCUCUUUUACUGUUUAUUUGGUAUUGCGCAUGCAAAUCUUUGCCUUCUCCUUUCUGGCAACCACUGUACUCCCAUCCUCCCAGUAUGCAUACUUAUUCACAGCCCUAUUCAGCACGAUCCCGCCUCUCUGCCCUUGAAAUUGACAUUCCAGUAGUUUCACAUACCACCUAAUGGGGAAAUAGUUGUUAGAGAAAAAACUUCUUGUAACCUCACAUUCCUCUCCUGCAAGGAGCUCUUUUGGCCCUAUGUGCAUUUUCCUUUGUUUCUGACCAGUCAGUGAAGCCAAAUUUUUAUGUCCUGUAGAAUGAAGUGCUGCUACUUUUUUUGAGAAGUACAUUAUUUUAAAUGUGAAUCAUGCCUCUUAUCUUGCUUUUACUGGAAGGAUUUUUGGCUUCCAUAUUGAUGUAUGAUCAAUUCUUUAAGUAGAAAGGACGUCCGACGUAACUGAGAUGAUCUAGAGCAACAUGUUAAAAAAGGAUAGCUAAGAGAAGCUGUUGUAUACAAUCUUUUAAAAUAUUUUAGAGUGUGUAUUAUUCUUUUUUCUAUAAUAUACCUUGAACUGGAAAAAUGUCAAUUUCAAAUAUAAGAAAUUUCUUUCAGAUAAGGGUACAAUUUUAACAGUCAAUAAUGUACCAGCUUAAAAUUAACUUUUCUUCUCACUUGGGGCUAAUUGUAUGGAUAGAUGUCAGUUUGUUGAAGGUUACUUUCUUUUGUGAGUUCCUUCUACCUCAUGCAGAUGUUUAAAAAUAAAAUACAUUUUAAAUGAUGUCACAAGACUAACAUUCUAAAUACUACUAAGGAUAACAUGUAAAAUAACUUUUAAAGUUAAUAAUUCUAUGAAUUGCAUUAUUUGAAUUAAAACGUGCCAUAUGACAGGUUAGUGUUUCCUCUGAGACAGAAAUAACUUCCCAGGUAUAAUUCAACAAGCAGUACUUAUGCACAUAUACAAUCUCUUAGUGACUAAGAGAAAUAAAUAAAAGGGCCAUAAUGGUUUAUUCUCUUUCAGACUUAAGUAUAGGGGACAAGAGCCCCCUACACUUAUGACAGCUUCAGAGAUUCACCUUAUUGACUGCCUUUUGAAUGAUGGGUACAGUAAGGUAGGGUUUUACCGUGACCACAUUCACCCUUGAUUUAGUUCCUCUCAUAUCACUGGUUAUUCCCUUGAGCAUAUAUCUCUGCCCAACACUUUAGUAGGUGCUACAGAGGAUACAUGAAAAGUAUCAGAUCUGGCUCCAUCCACUAAGACAUUUGAUAGAGAAGACCUGUUUCUUGAUAAUAGGGAACAGUCUGACUGCAUUGGCCUUACCUUCUCAAUUGUUAACCCAGGAAUAUAUUUAACCAGACACAUAUCUUCCUGGCAGACAGAAUAAUUGUACACCACCAAUAUCGUGGACCUAAAAUUCAGUUAGUUCAAUCCAUUGGAUCUUGAGGGCACCUACCUUAACAUAAAGGCUGUAAUAACGCUAUUACCCGAUUCAUGAGAAUGGGCAAAAUGGAAGAGAAAUUAAAUUGUUUCCUUUCCACCUCUGAAAGUGUGAUGAUGUAUUAAAGAGGGAGGAGUUUUUAAAAUCUCUCUUCAGAUGAGGUAACAAUUGGAUAAAACCAUGUUAAAAGUGAGAUGAACACUUAGAAAUUCAGGGAUAUUGGUCUUAAGCCUUAUGAAUUGAGCCACAUUAAAUUGGUAUAAUUUGCUUAGCACUAUAUUCAUAAGGAUUUUGUUUUAUUAACCAUUAUAGAUUUUACAAACAGUAAUAUGGUAAACAGAUUAUUAUGCCUUUUUGAAAAUCUGAGUAUGAUUCUGAUAUUUGUGUAGAUGAUGUGUUUGAUACUCCCUCCCCAAAUUCCAACACUAGUUUAUGUAUAUAGCAAAUAAAUCCAGUUGUAUAAUUUUUAAAUGCCAUCAGUAGAAAGUAUACAGGACUAUGGUUUCUUAGUUUUGGCUUAUGAUUCCUUUCAGUACAUUUUUUUAAAUUUAAUUUAAUUUUUUAGAUACAAUGGGGUUUUUUUGCAGUUUUUGACCGGGGCUGGGUUUGAACACACCUGUACCUCCGGCAUAUGGGGCCAGCGCCCUACUCCUUUGAGCCACAGGCGUCGCCCAAUAUAGGGUUUCUUUCACUCUGUCACCCGGGCUGGAGUUUAGUGGUACGAUUAUAGCUCACUGCAGCCUCAAACUCAUGGGUUAAGUGAUCCUCCACCUCAGCCUCUUGAGUAGCUGGCACUGUAGACAUGAGCCUCCGCAGCUGGCAGUUUCUUUCAGCUCUGAUUCUUUUCAUACUUCUUAGAUGUAGCCAAGUCCUAUGGCAGUUAGAAUUUUGAGAUUAGUUUUUCCCCUUUGCUAGUUAAUUUUAGUCCCCUAUCUCACUGAACUUUUGUCCAAAAGAAUCAAGAAUUCUACCAUUCCCUUGGUCUUUAACAUAAACAAUGUUAAAGAAAAAUGGUCUGAGCAAUUAUGAUAACUAGAUAAGUUUUAGUCCAAGGGAUUACAAAUGUAAACAUUAAGCUAUGCUACAAGAAUCUUCUGGCUUCAUAAUCUGUAGCCUCAAAUUAUUAUUUAUUAUAAAUUCACUAGGCAAAGGAAACGGCUGUUUCCUUAUUGUCUUUUUUCUUUAGUGUUUUUGAGUUGCUAUCAGUAGCUAUUUGUUAAAGCCAUUGAAGAAAAGCAAGCAUUUACCAUUCUUGUUAGUUACUUUUGAGGGCUCAUUAGGCUAUCUUUGUGAUGGGGGUGAUAUCUUUUUUAUUGUUGUUAAAAGCCUAUUAAUGUUAAAGGCAUUUUACAGAAACCAUUUUGGAAAACAACUUUAAAUGUGGGAUAAUGUAGUGUAUUUGGUUUAUCCAGCCAUGGGAGAAAAAUAAAUUAAACUGAGUUUACUUUACUUGUACAUAUAUACUGUAACGGAUAGUAUGUUUACUGUAAACUGCAAUGUAAAACCUCAAUAAAAGUGCACUGUAUUUCUUGAUGUUUAUUAAAAGAAGUAUUUUUACAA